UCUUCUUCAUUGCAUGGGUCCAUGAACAAACUUUGGUUAGACAAAGAAAAAUAUGACUCAGCAAUCUCACUGAUUUCUCUUCUAUCUGUUUUUAGGAGAAUAAUGGGAAACCCUCUGGCUUCAUUGUACCCCCAUGAUGUCCAACACAGCCCCCCCUCAGCUCGUCUAGAUCCCCUGAAUUUCUCAUCUGUUUCCAUGUCACCGCCUCCAUCUGCUGAUGUGGUGACUCCCCCAAAUGUGCCGUACAUGACGGCUGAGCUCAUCAUCGCCUUUUUAUCGACUCUGGGUAAUUUGCUGGUCUGUGCUGCCGUGGGUCUCAACAGCAAAUUACGCACAGUCACCAACUACUUCCUGGUGUCGCUGGCGGUUGCGGAUAUCUGCGUGGGUAUGAUCGCCAUUCCUUGUGCCAUCCUGACAGGCGCUGGCUUACCUCGUUAUAACCUCUACCUUUGCCUCCUCAUGCUCAGCGUUCUGAUCAUGUUCACUCAGAGCUCCAUCUUUAGCCUCCUGGCCGUAGCUGUAGAGCGCUACGUCGCCAUCUUCAUGCCUUUCCGUUACCGCGUCCUGAUGACGCCUCGGAACGCGGUUCUGGUCAUCCUCGCCACAUGGUUCCUGGCCUUCCUCAUCGGGCUGGUGCCGCUCAUGGGCUGGCACAAGACGCCGCCCGACUCGGGCUACUGCUUCUUUGUCCUGGUGGUGGACAUGACCUACAUGGUCUACUUUAACUUCUUCGCCUGUGUGCUGGUGCCUCUGAUCAUCAUGUUUCUCAUCUACGCUCAGAUCUUCGUCACGGUCAAGCAGCAAGUGCGACGAAUAGGACCGGAUCAGCGGAGCAGAGCAGACGGCCAGAGCCGAGCGGCAGCCAGCAUGCGGAGGGAGAUGAAGAUGGCCACCUCUCUCUUCCUGGUCCUUUUCCUCUUCACGGUCUGCUGGAUCCCUCUUCACAUCAUUAACUGCUUCCUGCUGCUCUGCCCUCGCUGCCCCGUGCCGUUAGAGCUGCUGCUGGCCGCCAUCAUCCUAUCGCACGCCAACUCUGCCGUCAAUCCGUUCCUUUAUGCAUACACCAUGACAGCUUUCAGGGACACUUUUAAGGCCAUUUUCUUGUGCUGCACGACGUUCAGAAGCAGAGACGCGCCAAACUUGUCCGACAGAGGAGAGGAAACAAAUUCAAGGCCUAAAAAGUGAUCCUGUAGAUAUUUCUCUGCAUUUUCCAAUCAAAACAUACUAAAUUAACCCUUUAGAGGAAACUAAGUGAA